AUGAUUGAAGCAUUAUAUAUCACCGAUUCGGCGAACACUUUAGUUUAUGAGUUUUCUGAAACAUUGUCAGCACCUAAAUUUAAGUCCCUAGUCCCUAAGAUUAUUGCAUCAACCACAACAACAACUUCAUCACUGAGCAGCUCUAAUAAAAUAAGCUUGAACUCACAAUACUACUUGUAUAGACAUCAUGAAUCUUCUUUAUCAUUCUAUUUGUUAUGUGAAGAUGAUGCAUCCAAUGUUUUAUUUCCUCAGACAUUUAUUCAAAGGUUGAUUGACGCAAUGGGGGAUUAUUUUGGUGAGUUGAACAGCACUAAAAUUGAAGCAAACAAUGAUACAUUGACUUUGUUGUUAUAUCAAAUGUUGGAUGAUGGGGUACCUCAUGUUACUGAUUUUAAUAAAUUAAGAGAUUUGGUUAGUUACAAGUCAUUUCUUUCCAAGAUACUUAGUGGAGCAACGACUGCGGCAUCCAAAGCGACCGGAAGAGGCCCAACAACUUUGGAUCUCAUCAAGGCAAAUGAUACUUCGAAUGAUAUCCCUUGGAGAAGAAAUAAUGUUAGGCACACUAAUAAUGAAAUGUAUGUUGAUGUUAUUGAAACUGUCAAUGUCAUUCUCAAACCAGUUGUUAGGAAACUGAAAUUGGAACAUACAUUUGACUCAGCCUUCUAUUCAUCCAGCAAACAGCACAACGUGGACAAUCAUAUGAUCAGUGGGCACAUUGAUGGCGAGAUUAGCUUUUUAAGUCGUUUGACUGGUGUUCCAUUAUUAGAACUUUCAUUGAAUUCCGUUGGAUCCAAUAUUGAAUUACCCAAUAUGCAUAGAUGUAUUAAUAGAGAUACCUGGAAAGAGAGAAGAGGUGUUUUGUCAUUUAUCCCACCCGAUGGAAGAUCAACAUUAAUGAAAUACCAAGUUGAUUUGAACAAAGUUGGUGCAAAUAGACAGAAAUUACAUACGAUCACAGCGACUAGUAUUGACACAGAGUUUAUAUGUCGUGAAAAUUCUUCAGAGUUUGAAAUCAGAUUGCACUUAUCACAACAGAUCAACAAAAUCGAUUUUAUCACCGUGGAAAUCGUAUGUGAACAAGAACAGGGACAAGUUAAAUUAAACAGAGUCACACAUGGUGAUUUUUCAGCUAGGGGUAAUGGUAAGGCAGAAUGGAAUUUAAGACAGGUAAAAUCUGGGGUAUCACCAGUAUUUUACGGAUCAAUUAUUUCAAAGAAUUCAGACGAAAGUGAUGAUCAUGGUGGUGAUGACACAGGUGACGCAGAUAUUAAAACGAGCACAAAUGGUUACCUCAAACCAAGCUAUAUAAGACUAAUUUACAGUCAUAGGGGUCCAGUUCCUAGUGGAUUGAAGGUAGAUAGUCUAAAGAUUAUCAGUGCAAAAGGAUUAGGCGAUACUGUUAAACCAUACAAAGGGGUUAAAUAUAUUACAAAAUCUGGCAGUUAUAUAGUUAGACUGUAA